UUCUUUUUUUUUUUUGAUCUGUAAUAAAUAUACUAAAAAGAAAUCAUGGAAAUUGAUACUUUAUCUGUUAUUUUGUUGGUUUUAAUCAUAUUUUUUACAUUUCUUUCAAUUCGUGAUGCUCCAAAUCCCGAUGUACAUCCUUUAUUAUUAACUUCACAGUCUGACUGUGCUAAAGUUCGAAACCCUGGUGAGACUGCUAUCUACAGAGCAAGUAGUUCUGCUCAUGGCAUGCCUUUAAUGACAAGUCCUGACAAAAGUAUAAAAAUUAUUUCUGAUUUAUUCGAAAAUGGAAAAAAACUUGGAACGGACUGUCUUGGUUUCAAGGAUACUAAUGGGUUUCAUUGGGAAUCAUAUCAACAAGUUGCCGAAAGAGUUGUAAAUUUUGGAACAGGAUUGAUAAAAUCCACAGAAUUGACACCUAAAUCAUCGAGUAUGUUUGGGAUUUUCAUGAAUAGUCGACCAGAAUGGGUGAUUGCAGAUUUGGUUGCCAGUCAUUAUAGUUUAAUUACAGUAGCUAUACCAAGUAUUCCUCUUCGUUUGAAUGACAUUAUCAGCCAAAUAAACCUUACACAAAUCGGAGUUAUAGUGGUAUCCAAUGAUACGCUUCCAAUUAUUUUCAGUGCCGCGCCAUCUUGUGCAUCAUUAAAACAUGUCAUAUUGACGGAGUCUUCAAUUUCAUCUGAUCAAAGCGAAAAGGCCAAAGCUUUGAAUUUAAUUUUGACAAGAUUCAAAGAAGUUGAAGAAUUAGGCUCUCAAUCUAAAUUGGAAUUCGUUGUAGCUGAACCUGGAGAAACUGCAACUAUUGUAUUUUCGAGUGGGACUACAUCAGGCGAACCGAUUGGAAUUGAAUUGACACAAGAAAAUAUCGUUGCAGAUGUUGCCGGAAUCCUCUCGACAAUUCCAAAUGCACAAAAAAUCAUUCCCUCCGAUAAGCAUUUAUCAUAUUUACCACUUGCUUACAUGUUCGAAAGGAUCACAGUUCUUGCUCUUUUAUAUUCCGGAGCAUCAAUUGCAUUUUAUAGUGGAAAAUCAUCUACUGUAUUAAAAGAAGCCGAAGAAGUUAAACCUACCAUUUUUACCAGUACACCCCGAUUUUUGAUUCGAUUUCAUGAAACUAUUAGACAAGAAUAUGGAAAUCAAUUUCUUUUUGAGAGAGGAUAUGCAUUUAAAUUAAAACAUCUAAGAAAAGGAAAGUUGGUUACAAAUUCACUUUGGGAUAUGUUGGUAUUUAAUAAGAUCAAGGAAAAAUUUGGAGGUCAAGUUCGAGUUAUUGUUACUGGAGCUGGACCAAUUUCUCAAACUAUACUUGAUUUCCUCCGUUUAACCGUUGGAUGUCAAGUUAUUCAAGCUUAUGGUCUUACUCAGUGUAGCGGUGCUGUUACAUUUAAUGCGUUUUUUGAUUAUCAACCAGCUGAUCGAUCAGGAUGUGAUUCACAUACUGGUGGACCGAUUCCAUGUAAUGAAAUCAAAUUGGUGAAUUAUGAGGAGAAAGGUUACACUGUUGAAGAUAAACCUAAUCCCAGAGGAGAAAUUUGUGUAAGAGGACCAAAUGUUAUGAAAGGUUAUUAUAAACGUCCAGAGCAAACAGCUCAAGCAAUUGAUUCUGAAGGGUGGCUUCAUACUAGUGAUAUUGGAAUGAUCUUACCGAAUGGAACAUUAAAAAUCAUUGAUAGAAAAUUGCCAAUUAAACGACAAAAAGCGGCGGAAUUUUAAUUUUAAGUAUUAUAAAAUCUAGUUUUUUUUAUAUUAUGCGAGAUGUUAUUGUACUUUUUUUUUUAAUUUGUCUUACAAUUAUUUAAUAAUAAAUUAUCUAUUAAAUUUAUUUAAAUUAAUGAUAAUGUAUAAUUGAUUAUAAUUACUUUUUAUAAUAAGGCAUUUAAUAUGCUUAUAAAU